AUGUGGUUAGUUUAUAAACCGGUAAGCGAAUUGGUAAAAGUUCUUCUGCUGAUCAUAUUAGUCGAAGGAAUGCUAUACGAAAUAGUUUUGGAAAACGAGGAGAUCUUCAGCAAUUGUCCUGCAUCCAAUGGGAUACAUGACAUUGUGGACACUACUGAGUUCUAUUUCAAAAUGGAUGGUGAAGCUAUCGAUGUGGGUGGCAAUGCAACUUGUAAAAUGCAGGGUGUAAACAGUACAGAUCGAAUCGAUUUGGAAGUAGAAAUAUUUAUAUUUCGACGUGGAGUUUGGCAAAUGACCCCAUAUUCAAUGCGGAUCAAAAACUUCUGUAGCUCCAUGUUCAAUCCAACGACUUUGUGGUAUCAGUGGUGGUUUAAAUAUGUACCGGAAGAUGAAAGGUUAUGUUUGACUCAUUAUGGACAUAUUUAUCACUUUACACCUUUUAGAGUGGAUGCAUCCAUGGAAUUUGCUCUAAAUGUGGAGGGCCGUUAUAAGGGCAUUUUUCUGAUGAAAACUUUUGCCAAGCAUAUCUAUUUAGGCUUGGAGAAGGCAGGCUUGGAGCAGGCAGGCUUGGAGCAGGCAGGCUUGGAGCAGGCAGGCUUGGAGUAG